CCCUACUUCCAGGUCACCUCUCCUGUGCUCCAGCGCCUGCAGGAUGUCUUGCGGCAUCUCAUGGCACAAGGGCUCUCGUGGCAGGAUGGCAUCACCCAGUAUGUGAUCUCGCAGGAGAUGGAGCGCAUCCCCCGCCUCCGCCUGCCGCCAUCACUGGAGCCGGUGGCCAGGGACAGGUUCCUGCCCCUCCGUGGCUCCCCCCGGCGAGCCCCGCUCCCCGUGGACACCGGCCUGCCAGCGGCUCAGCAUCUGGGACAACCUCCGCCGCUGCUGCCCUCCCCCCUGGUGCAGUGGUACCUGGAGCACCUCUUGCUGCCCCAGCCACCCCAGCUGGGCUACGAGGAGGGUCUGCUCAACCCCUACUCCUACCACAAGUUCGGCUACCAGGAUGGCGCUCACCAGCUCCCCGGCAGCUCUGGCAGGCAGAGCCCUGAGACCUCCUCGCUGCUGGGCCGGGUCCCUGCCCAGGCCCUUUUUGGGGCCAGCUCUGUGCCCUCCUAUGACGCUGCCCUGAAGAGACUGGCCUCCCUCCUGGCCAGCUAUGGCCUGGGGCUGCCAGAGCUGAGUCCCCAGCAGCUGAGCAGCCUCUCUACCUUCCUCCAGCUGCUCCAGAGCUCUGGUGUUGCUGGCCCCGAAGUGCCCACAGCAAAACGGGUGACGGAGGGGGACAUGCAGCACGCAGAGGAGCCAGUGCCCCCUUCCUCCACGGUGCCGCCCCCCAAAAUCCCAGCCAGCAGCUCCCCAGGGGAUGGGCCGAGGGGCAGGGCAGCGUCCUCGCCAGCCCCCUGGGCCGAGCCGCAGCAGGGACACGGCGGGGACGUGCUCAGCCCUGGGAAGCCGAUCAUGGUGGAGAAGAAGAGCUACACAGAGGCGAAGGAUGGUGGGGCGCAGCAGGGCACACGGCCACCGGACGAGUAUGGCUACAUCGUCACGGACCAGAAGCCCCUGGGCCUGGCCGCUGGCGUGCGGCUGCUGGAGCUCCUCGCCAAGCACCUCCACCUCUCCACAGCCAGCUUCAUCAACAUCAGUGUGGUGGGCCCUGCGCUCACCUUCCGCAUCCGGCAGAACCCCCAGAACCUCUCUCUGGCAGACGUGGCCAGCCAGGCUGAGCAAGUGAAGGCAGAGCUGGAGACAGAGCUGGGCCUGAAGAUCGUGCAAACAGGAGUGGGAGAGCGAAACGAGGCUGCUGCCUACUCGCGCCCAUCCCACUUUGGGGACAGCUUCCACUCAGUGCUGCUGACCUUCAUCGCACUGGCCUGUGUGGCAGGAAUCGCCAUCGCGGCCGCCGUGGCCUUCUGCCUCCGGCGCCAUGCGAAGCAGCGGGAGAAGGAGCGCCUGGCCGCCCUGGGGCCCGAGGGUGCUGCUGACACCACCUUCGAGUACCAGGAGCUGUGCCGCCAGCACAUGGCUGCCAAGUCUCUCUUUGGCCGUGCUGAGGCACCAGCAGCACCGGCAGAGACCUCGCGGGUCAGCAGCGUCUCGUCCCAGUUCAGCGAUGCCCCGCAGCCCAGCCCCAGCUCCCACAGCAGCACGCCCUCCUGGUGUGAGGAGCCCGUCCAGUCCAACAUGGACAUCUCCACUGGACACAUGAUCCUGGCCUAUAUGGAGGACCACCUCCGCAACCGGGACCGGCUAGCCAAGGAGUGGCAGGCUCUCUGUGCCUACCAGGCUGAGCCCAGUAUCUGCUCCAUUGCCCAGAGUGAAGCCAACCUGAAGAAGAACCGCAACCCCGACUAUGUGCCCUAUGACCACGUGCGGAUCAAGCUGAAAGCUGAGAGCAACCCGUCCCGCAGCGACUUCAUCAAUGCCAGUCCGAUCAUCGAGCAUGACCCACGGAUGCCAGCAUACAUCGCCACACAGGGGCCGCUGUCCCACACUAUUGCUGACUUCUGGCAGAUGGUGUGGGAGCAUGGCUGUACCGUUAUCGUCAUGCUAAGCCCACUGGCUGAGGACAGUGUCAAGCAGUGUGACCGCUACUGGCCAGACGAAGGCUCCUCUCUCUACCACAUCUACGAGGUGAACCUGGUGUCGGAGCACAUCUGGUGUGAGGAUUUCCUGGUGCGCAGCUUCUACCUGAAGAACGUGCAGUCGCAGGAGACCCGCACCCUGACGCAGUUCCACUUCCUUAGCUGGCCGGCCGAGGGCAUCCCCGCCACCACCCGGCCCCUCCUCGACUUCCGCAGGAAGGUGAACAAGUGCUACCGGGGUCGCUCCUGCCCUAUUAUCGUGCACUGCAGUGAUGGUGCAGGCAGGACUGGGACGUACAUCCUCGUCGACAUGGUCCUGAACCGAAUGGCCAAAGGUGUAAAGGAGAUAGACAUAGCUGCUACGCUGGAGCACAUCAGAGACCAGCGGCCCGGCAUGGUGCAGACCAAGGACCAGUUUGAGUUUGCGCUGACAGCUGUGGCCGAGGAAGUGAACGCCAUCCUGAAGGCGCUGCCACAGUGAUGGCAAGGAGCCCUCCCCUCUUGUCUUCCCCCAUGCCCCCCUGGCUUUGCGCGCUCUCCUCGCCCUGCCCGUGGGGCUGCUCUCCCUGUAAAGUGCUGUCUGUGCUGCUGGCUCUGUUUCCCCCCACCCCCCCCAGCCCCCCCUGCCCUCCCUCCCCAGGGCCGCAGGGCUCAGCCCCUCUGCGUGCAGGGCACAGAACCCUAUCGCACCCCAUGCGCUGCAGAGGGGACUGGGCUCAUGUCCCCUGCAGAGGAGGGGACCAGGUGAUGCUGCUGGG